ACCGGUGCGGGGUGCCCGGCUGGCAGUUUAGCCGGUGCAGCUUGCAGCGACGGAAGUGUCAUUGACUACCCUGCCAUGACAGUGCACAACAAAAAUUCAAAGAUGAAGCAGGUGGUUAGCGCCGCUGAUCAAAAAAGACUCAGCGAAUUCAUGAUGAAGCGAUUGAUUGAGUGCGGGUGGGAAGAUCAGCUGGGAGAAAUCUACCAGAAAAUAAUGGAAGAGAAUGAAGGUACGACGCUCACGAAUGAAAUGCUGUUGGACGAGUUGAACGCCAGGGCGCCAUUGGUGCCAGACUAUGUCAAGAUGGAACUGCUGGAGAAGAUCGUGGAGUGCCGCGGCGGCGGGCCGUACAUGCUGGACAUCUACAGCACCCAACAGGGAUUGCAGCUGGCGUUCAAUGCAGUGGAAGUCCACAAGGGGGGCUCCUUCGACGUGUAUGUGCGCGUCAAUGUGAAGAGGGUCCCUGCCUAAGUCACGGUCCACAAAAAGAUCAUUAAUGUUAUUGCUUAAUCAACCUGAUAUGUUGUUGUUUUGUUAUAAAUUUGUUUAGUUUUGCACCCAGCUAAUAUCUUAUUGUUGUUUGGUAUUGUGUUGGUUAAAAAUUUAAGUACAUUGAUAUGUACCCUGUUAUUGUUUUGUAAGUUUUUUGCAUUCAAGUCAUGUUAAUUCCAUUAGUUAUAUUUUGCUAUAUCAUAAUUGUAUAGUGAUACUAAAUUGUCGGAAUUAAUAAUGCUGUAAUUUAAGGAGUACUAGUUUUAAGUAAGUGGUAAAGGCAAGUAAGUCCUUUAUCGGCCCGUGUAAACCUUAAAAAAGAUGCACAACCGCCGUAUUCUUAAGAACCAUGUAAUCUUUAAGCUAGUUGGAUUUAAUUGUAAACUUAAUCUUAAAAUAAAACAUUAGUUAAGGAAA